GAUAAGAGCUCGGGGGGCCGCGGUCCUGAGGCUGCAGCGUGCUCCUGGUGCUCUGGUCUUAGUUUGGCUCCCUGCAAACCGUCACCAUGGUCGACGCCUUCUGUGCCACUUGGAAACUGGUCGAGAGCGAGAACUUUGAUGAGUACAUGAAAGCACUCGGCGUUGGCUUCGCCACCCGGCAGGUUGGGAACGUGACCAAACCGACCGUGAUCAUCAGCCAAGAUGGUGACAAGGUGACGAUCCGCACCCAGAGCACCUUCAAAAACACCGAGAUCUGCUUCCACCUGGGAGAGGAGUUUGACGAAACCACCGCCGACGACAGGAACUGCAAAUCCACUGUGAGUCUGGACGGAGACAAGCUGGUCCACGUCCAGAAGUGGGAUGGCAAAGAGACCAAGUUUGUCCGAGAAAUCAAGGAUGGAAAGAUGGUGAUGAAUUUGACUUUUGAAGACAUCCACUCCGUUCGUACCUAUGAGAAGGCAUGAGUGGGCUGACAGCGCCUCCAUCUGGUCAACAAGUGUUGAAUUUCUAAUAAUUAUUGACUGUAUGCUUGUCUUUGCACUUCAUGGACGCAGCCUGUGACUGUGCAUGUUUUGUAACAUUUUUUUUAUAUGAUAAAGACAUUCCUGUUGUUGAAGGAUUGUUAUUGGAACUCUGUAUGAAACAUGGAAUAAAACAGAGAAUAAAUGUC